AUGGAAAAACGAAAGCUACCUCCUGCGCCAUUCAAACUAGCAACCUGGAAAACAACUACAGGAAGCUGGACUGACGCAGAUUUACAAAUAUCUGAUCUCCUCGAAAACCCAAUCACUCGGGCCGAGCAAACAAGCGGCUUACCAUGGAUAUGCACUUCUGAUACUGUACUCAGGGACCAUAUCCACAACCACACCACCGCACUCAAUAACAUGCCGGAAUUAGACGGUACCGGGUGCAAAUACUUUCUUCACAAGGGAGGUAUGACGGCAGAGCGUGGAGGGGCAUGGGUUUUACAUAAAUUAGCAAAUGCCUUCGAGGUAUUUCGAGCAGCAGGUGGCGUUGGCUACCACGAGGAGGAAAUCCUGGAAACUGGAUGCUCUAGUCGGGAGCGUGAUGGUUCUAGCGCUAGUUCUACUCGGUCGCGGUCAAGCCUUUCGACCCCCUAUCUUAUCCGCGACCGCGACUAUCGAUGA